GUGUAAGCGCUUCUUUGCGAUUUUCACUUAAGGAAUUCCCAGCAGCAACAAUUGACGGCAGCGACAGCAACAACAAAAAAGUCAGUAAGUCAGCGUGCAGCAGGAAAUAGCAUUGCUCAUAUCACACGACAACCAACACUGCCGGCUAACUUGUGGUGGUCAACACUUUACAACAGCAAAUAACUCAAAUUUGUUAUUGUUGUUGUUGUGGCAGUUGAUUUUUACAACCAGAAAUUUGCGCUUCUCCGCUACUGCUUCUUCACCAAAUCGCCAACGUCCGUGCAGAGACCUUACAAUCAUCUAUUUAUGUGUCACGCGCACACCGGCAACAACAAUAACUACAAUAAUAACAACAACAUUUAACAACAGUAAUAAAAAAACCAUUGUGGUACCAGUCAAAUUGAAGCGUGUGAAUAAAUUGACCAAACAGUCGCCCCAACGCCGGUAAUCGGAAAUUUUCACAGUCGCUGGGCGAGCGCGUGCAAGACAUUUUAAUUGCCGGUUCGGUCUGUCCAUAGCCAGCGGCCAGUUGUUGCCAACAACGCCUGUGAAGUCUGCGAAAAAUUCACCGGGUUUUAUUUCGCUUGUUUGCCGGUACGCUUUGAAUAGCUGUGCAGAGUUGAGUUGAGCGUAGCUAAGCUUUGGCGCAUGCGCGUGUAGGCGUUUUUCUAUUAACCACUGCAUAAAUUGCCGAGUAAAGCUAAUCGAAUUCGCUUCGGUUUUUUGAUUGCAGUUUAUACAAAUAACAAAAAAGCAACAAAAAUCAUUUAAACGUCAACGGACAAUAAAAGCUCAUAUAUCGACGACGACGACUAACAAACUCCGACAAUAACAACAACAGCGAGCCAACAACAGUCACGUACAAAGCUAAAGGAAAUCCAAAACAGUAGCGACAACAACUACAGCAACAAGAACAUGAGAAAGAUGCGGAUCAAAAAGAUUUUAUUGACUGUUAUGGUUUUCCUUUCACUGCAGCUGACGCUUGCAGAUGAUGUGGACGUCGUCAAAGCCAUCACUGGUACAGAGGAAAUUUCCGAACAUGACAACGAAGUCGAUCAGGUAGCGCUAGAAUCGGAAUCGGAGCCACAACAACCGCCAAAGGUGCUAUAUCAGCACAACAUACAACAACAACAGCCCGGACCAGCACGAAGUAAGUUGGUUUAUGUCUCCGGGAAAACACUUAAUGAAAAUAUUCAUUUAACCACGGAUUUAGGCAAUCAUCAGAGUAUACCACUAAGUCUUGGACAACCCUUCGGUCCACCACCACCACCAGCACAGUUAGCCUACCAAGGUCCACCACCGCCAUUGCCACCACAACGACCGCCACCACAGCAAGUGCAUGCGCCACAAGUGUUGCCCGAUUUGAGCGUUGGCGCCUCAAGCAACAAUGAGAUCUGGUCGUCGCCCGUACAGGAUAUGCCGAAAAUAAUUUCACUGGAUGUGAAGUGUGAGAAGAAUGGCAUGAAAGUAUUUGUGAAAUUCGAUAAACCAUUCUAUGGCAUCGUCUUCUCGAAGGGACACUACAGUAAUAUGAAUUGUGUGCAUUUGCCUUCGGGACUGGGACGCACUUCGGCCACUUUCGAUAUUGGGUUACAUGAGUGUGGCACAUCGGGAAAUACCGAGAACGGUUUGUACGGUUAUGGACAUGAAUCGGGUUCAGGCACUUACUUUGAGAAUAUUAUUGUUAUACAAUACGAUCCACAAGUGCAGGAGGUGUGGGAUCAAGCGCGUAAGCUGCGCUGCACUUGGCACGAUCAGUACGAGAAGAGUGUGACAUUCCGGCCAUUCCCCGUGGAUAUGUUGGAUGUGGUGCGCGCAGAUUUCGCCGGCGAUAAUGUAGGCUGUUGGAUGCAAAUUCAAGUGGGUAAGGGGCCAUGGGCCUCCGAGGUUUCUGGUUUGGUGAAGAUCGGACAAACUAUGACUAUGGUUUUGGCUAUUAAAGAUGAUGACUCCAAAUUCGAUAUGCUUGUGCGUAAUUGCGUGGCUCACGAUGGCAAACGUGCACCUAUACAAUUGGUCGAUCAACGUGGUUGUGUCACGCGGCCGAAGUUAAUGUCGCGCUUCACGAAAAUUAAGAACUUUGGCGCAUCCGCUUCGGUGCUCUCCUACGCACACUUCCAAGCCUUCAAAUUCCCCGACUCCAUGGAGGUACACUUCCAGUGCACAAUACAAAUCUGUCGCUAUCAAUGUCCCGACCAGUGUUCUGAACCCAAUCUGCAAGAAGUGCAUCAUCUACAAGUCGGACCAGAGUCACAAUAUGGCCCACCACCACCACAAUUGCACGUCGACACCUAUCAUGUGAGCAGCGGUAUCGGCAAACGACGUGAUGAACGACGCGUACAACGUCGUACACGUGCCGUCGAUUCUGAACCAGAAGUUGGACUCAAUCGUAUCAUCAAAGUCGUCUCUUCGGGUGAUCUCACCUUUGCCAUUGACGAUCAGGCGAACGCCACAACCGCGACCGCACCACAAACUAUGGUCUUCCCAGCACGUGAGGAUGGUCUAAUUUGCAUGACAACGCCUGGCUUUGCGAUCACAUUGAUUAUAUUGCUUGGUAUACUCGUGACUUCGUGCCUAAUAUCAGCGGUACUUUAUGUACGUUUGCGGCCGUUCUCCUCGUUUGCUCAUGCGGAAAAAGAACGUGCUGUGGCUUAUACGAAUCCGCAACUAGCUGGCGCUAUGCCUGUCAUACAAAUACCGGGACCACCAAGUAUCAGUCAAGGUACCUUGACCAAAUCACGAACGCAUACAUGAACGACCAAAGGCGAAGAAACACAAGCGAACACAACGAAUUACGAAUUGGACUCGGCAUAACGAGGCGUCUUCACCACAAACACACAGACAAAAUAAUGCACACGGAUAGCAUAGCUAUACUUAGAACCGAUCCGAUGCGAACUGAUUGUGUACUGCGUCGAUUGGACUACACAUACAACACAUUCACAACUGUCUUCUUUUGUUUGCAAAUGCCUUUGGGGCAGUUUGUUAAUUAAGUUAUGCAAGUGGGGUCUUCGGACCACAACACAUAGAGUAAAGUAAUUUUAGUUUUUAAUUACAAAAAUAUUUAUUUUUCAACGCUUUUACAAAGUUUAAUGUAAUUAUUCGACGGUUCAAAAGUAACGAAUCAGAAUAUUUGUUGUUAAAAUUGAUAAUUUUUCGACGAGCCUUUCGAGUCUGUUUGGGCCUUCUGUAUUGGUGGCAGUCUAGCGCGUACAAUUUUAGUUUUUUAUAAGAAUUUUGUAGGUAAGUUGUACUUAAGUAAUGUAGUGAGAUGAACAAUAUAAAGGUGUAUACAAUAAAACAAAACCCGGUGCUAAGCCAUAUUCAAAGUUCAAAUGCAUCCAAGCGACCUUUGUACAUUUGAUUCGUAAUAUGCCAAGUAUAUGUUCUAUAGUAAUUCUAUCUAAAGGUUGGCAGUAGAAUUAAUAUUAUAUACCAUGUACAAGAUAAGGUCAGAAUAGUAAUUCAGCGCGAGUUUUUGUUAAUUUUAAUGAAUUCAGCAACACACUAGCCCACAUAUAAAUCAAUUCAGCGUCUUGGAAAUUUAUUCAGCACUUAAUAAACAUACAUACAUUUUGAAUUAGACUAAAAAGUGUUACAAUUUAGCUCUCCUAAUCUGUAUUCAGCUCAAUUUUAAGUAAAUAAUUAUCAUGCAAAUGCAUAUUUUUUGAAAGCAACUUAAUUUUUUGUUUAUUCAGCGUCUAUAUAGCUUAAAAAAAUAUUUUUCUAAUUCAGUUAGAUUGCAAAAUCACAUUCAGCCAAAAAAAAUUUGCAUAAGUGUUUGCUGCAGCAAAUUCAGCAUAUGUUUCUACUUCUCAGACCUUUAUUAUUAAUUAAAAUAUCUGUCUGUUUUAGCUCAGUAACAUAUUAUAGCGCCUAAUGUUUUAUUUU